UGGCUGGGACAGGGCAAGUGGCUCAACGGCGCUUGGAGAGCGCGCCGAGUUGAUAUAAAGCUCCGGGCUUCUCCUGUCUUCGCAACUGCGACCGGACCACCGGACAUAUCGGAACGCCUUGCCGCUGCCCGCCACUCCACUUCAAAACAUCAUGUGGGUGGUGUGGUCAGUUCUCCUCCUGCAAAUCGCCUCGCUCAGCUAUGCCGCAAUUCCGGAUCCACCGACUGCCAGGACAACCACAGUCGGAGCCCGAAAGCUCGCCACCGCCGAGGAUUGCUUAGGCGUCGUAGCCUUUGCCGCUUCUCACGGUCAAAUCAACGAUGCGAGGGUCGUGCUUUCGGAGACCCUGGUCAACAAAGGUGUCGGCUACGUGCCGGCAACGGGCACAUUCACGACGCACUGUCCGGGGCUUUACCAGUUCAGCUUUGCCGGAUACGGUAGUUCGGAUUUGCGAUUGACUCUGAAGCGCAAAGGAAGCAGAAGCCAAUCGUGGAUUCCUGUGGUCAGCGUAGGUCCUGGGGGAGGAUCGAACCUGGUCCUCCUGGACAUGGAGGCGGGCGAUCAGCUCGCCGUCUUUGUUGAGUCGGGAAAAAUAUCCGACGGCGCUACUUUCACCGGCCAUCGCAUGGCGAAGAAGUGAUGAACGGAAGGAAGCCCCACUUUCUCCGACUCCUGUGACCUUCUUGCUCUUUACUCUUCCUCUUAUUCGCUGUUUGUUCGUUUAUUUUCUUUUCUUUUUUGUUUCUUUUUUUUUCUUUUAUUCUUGUUUGUUUCACGUUUCUUUAUUUCAUCUUUUUGAUUUUUUCUUCCGUUUUAACCGACGAAAUCAAAUCAAGUUGACUGCCAUCUACGUCGUCGAUUUGUCGCUGAUCUCCAAUAGCGCGCAAUUCUUCAACGGACUCGCAGAUCGGUUAUAUUCGAAUUAAAGACUAACAAAACCAAUGUCGAAUGGAUACAAAAAUGCCGAGAAAGUUGUCACUUCGGACAGAUUUUGAUAUUCAUCGGCAUUUUUAUAGCCAGCUCUUGGUCAUUCGGUAAAUCAACAUAACUGGGUGUGCAUUUUAUGCAAUCCUCCAAAAACUAGAAACUUCGUUUAAAGCCGAUAUAUAGUGACAGGAAUCUCGACAGCCAAUUUGUUAUUGUGAAAAAAAUUGGAUAACCCGUCACUGUCGCCAUCAGCUGAAAAAAAAAAACAACAAAAUAUUGAACUGAUAAGAAUUAAGAGUUCAAGAAAAAAAAGGAAAGAUAUGUUAAUAUGCACAGGUCUUUACAAAGUCGUAGAUUUCUACCAUCGGCUUUUAAAACACUUUCGAAACAUUCCCACCAGAAAUUUUUAAAUGUCAAUUGACACGUCCAUGAACUUUUUCUGUCGCUUUGUUAUUAUAUAUUAUUAUGAAACUUAUUUUAUUACAUAGACACGUUGUAAAUAUUGACUAACAUUAUCUGAGCACGAUUCUUCCGACUAAAUCUUAUUGUUAGAGUUCCUAAUUGGGAUAACAAAAAUGUUUUGACACGUUAGGAUCGAAAGACACAACAAUAUUUCUAUAUCAAUUGAAAAUGGCUGUAUUGCACUGUGAUAGCUUACCUUUGACUUAUACUCGUCUCAAUCUUAUAUUCUGCAUCCCCCCCCACCCCCCUGCAGAUGAUUUUCCGAUUCUUUGCAACUUAUUCUGAGAACUAUCGAUUGAUUUUAGAUUUUUUCACAAUUAUUUAAAUAUGUUUCCACAAUCGAUAAUUGUAAUUCACUUCUGACAAUAGCUUCAAAGAAUCGUAAAAUAUCCAUCAAGUCUCGUCUUGCAAUAUUGCAGCAAAUCUUUAUUUUUUACUGUUCUAUUCUUUCCUACAUCCGCUGUCCUGUGUUCUAUUUCUUCCUGACUCGUCUUUUGUACCUUUUCCUUGUUUCUUCUUCUUGCUCUUGAAAACUAACCAUUUCGAACCACCUUUGGUCUUUUUUUCUUCUUUUAUUUCCUCUUCUAUCUAGUCUUCCCUCGGCUUUUGAGGCUAAUAACUUUACUCCACGAUUUUCUCUACCCUUUUCUGAAGCUUUCUUCGUUUCCGUCUUUGGUUUUCCUAUUUUUUUUCUUACAUUCUCAACUACUUUUUUCUUCUCUGAAAACUUUACUUUCCUUUUCUCUUCUCUGACAAUUUUACUCUCCUUUUCUGUUCUCCGACAAUUUUACUCUCCUUUUCUUUUCUCUGACAAUUUUUUUCACCUUUUUUCUGACAAUUUUACCCCCCUUUUCUCUUCUCUGACAAUUUUCUUUUCCUUCUCUCUUCUCUGACAAUUUUACUCUCCGUUUCUUUUCUCUUCCCUUCGGAAUUCUACCCGCAGACAAUGCUACUCCACUUUUACCUCUCUGUUCACUACUCUUGUAUGAUUCGCUACUAUCCAUGUUCCGAAAAUGAACAACUUUUCUUUUCAUACUCUUUUCCUUUGUCAAUUCUUCUUCGCGAUGAUCUUUUAUUUUCCCACGGCACAAAUAAACCCUGUUCUUCCCUUUUUCACUUUUAUUGUGCAAUUCUUUUCUCAACUAUAUUUCAGUCUCUCUUCUCUUUUCUGUUCUUCCACUCUGACCAACCGAUAUUAUGAUCUCAAAAUUUAGCCAAAUCUUGCCAAGGAUUACAAUAUUUAUAUUUACAUUUCAACUUCGGCAGCACUUAUUCUAAGUUUUCAGUUCUUUAUUUCUGUUUCAAUCUUUUCUAGUCUGUCUUUUACUCCCACCUCAUUCUUUAUCUUUCUUUCAGACAAUUUUCUAUCAAGUUCUGUUUCUCCUGUUUAUGUUUAGAACUCGAACGCUUUCAGUUUCUCAUCUUUUCUUCGCGCCUAUUUCUUCCUCAGCAAACUUCUACACGACUCUUAUUCCAUUCCAACUUACUAUCUGUACCUGAAAUUUCAAGUUCUUAGACAACUUACAAAUUACAACUUUAGUGAUUACCAUGGAAUCUUAACAAAUUCGAUCCAUUCCUGGAUUUCACGCUAUCUAAUAAAUAAUUUCAUUAUCUAGGGUCUUUCCGUAGGUAUAAUACAUGAUCUACUAAUGAUCUACAAGUACUUGUCUAUUCUACACGGCCUUUUUCUAGCCUUCAAAUUUCCGCGUACCUUUUACAACUCUUUUCUGAAAUACUUUUCUAUACUCCGACUGUAGUCUUUGACGACCCUUUUAUACUUAUCUCUGUUUCUAUUUUCCAUCUAUCUAAAGCUAAAUUUCUGUAUUUUUCCACUUUCAUCUGUUACUCUCCAUAUUCCUUCGUUCUAUUCUAUUCUAUUUUAUUUACUUUCUUCUCCACUGUUCGUUCUGAAAUCUUUCCCCUACGUUUCUAUUUAUCUUUUGCUUUCCUUUUCUUUCCACUCCUUAGGCUUUUCUUUAAUCUCAACUUCAUUUUUUACCGCGUCUAGAGCUUGUCUUUUACCCCAUCAAUGUAUGAAACACUGUGGAAUGAUGAUAGUCUUACCGCAUCUACACAAUAAACAUCUCUACUGAACAGUAUUACAACUGAUUCUUAACAACCACGAUAAGUCUGGCUUUUCACAAACUAUCCAUCUAAAUAAUUGCAAUAAUAGUUAAUCACAGAAUCACCGUUUCCAAUUUUGCAUAUCACACUCGGCUCACAAUUCAGCUUUAUGACAUCCGAACCUUUUUACCACAUCCAAACUUGUCUUGCUCUCAUGUCUUUCUUUAGACCUAAUAUUUCGCUCACUACAGCAUCUAUCCUCGUCUCUGCUAUAUUUCCACCUACUCUUCCUUCCUUGACUUGUCUUUCUCUUUACCUGUUUCUUCUUUCCGUUUCUGGACCUAAUUUUUCUUUUCUUCUAUAAUUUUUAUCUCAACUACGAAAUCUUCUCCACUUCCUCGCCUAUGAACUAAAAUUCUACUCUGAAUGGGACGUCUAUCAAUCAUAUCUAUCACCUCUUCUAAACCUUCUGCCUUUUUUUCUUUCUUCGUUUCAUUAAUACCUAUUCAAUUGUUAGAUAGUGUACACUGUGCUUCGCCUCGUCCUUUUCCUUCCUCAUAUUCUACGAGUCUUUUUAUUAUCUCUACUCUUUACUUCGCCUGAACUUUAGAGUCGUUAUUUUUUCUACGCAUUUUCGACUGAUCUUUUCUUUCACCAAGUUCUAUACAAUUCUCAAUAGAAUGAAGAAAAAAAUAACAUGCGUGUAGAAAAAAAAAAGAUACUACGAAAAACCCAAUGCUGUGAUUAUCGUAUACUAAACGUGCCCUUUACUACGUCUACAUACUUUACUAUCUCUAUAACUCGUACGAUUUACUCUUGAUACUGUUAUUCUUAUGGUUCUCGUACUUUUACUGUUAUACCCUACUUUUAUACUCUCCCUUAAUUAUACGUGUGUACGUACCUACUUCCGAUGUGUGUUUUAACAUGAAAAUUUCGUAGGAUAUCUCUUAAGGCUUGAACUGUUAACGAUCGUGUCUUUUUUUCUUAUCCUAUUACGACUGACUGUCUUCUCGUAAGUAUCUGUUAUCACCCCACCUGACUCUCUAUAAACUAUACUAUUUUUUGUAAUAAAAUGUGAUUUUUAUCCUAAUCUAAAGCAUUUCAAUUAUUGUACUAUCACUACUCACUUUCCUUAACCAUCUUUUCCUCUUCUUGUAUGAAAUAUCAAUGUUCAGAAUUUUCCUCUCUACACUCUUUAGUCUGUCCUAAAUUCAUGUGUUUAAACAUUCAUGCUGCGUUAGCGACGAACUUGUUUUUUCCUCGAUAACUAUCUAUCUCUUUUUUCUCUAUUUUCAUUGCCAUCAAUACAAUAAUUCUACACCUAUCGCUCACAAAUUUCUCUCUAGAAACACUGACACAAUUUGUUUGCUUUCGUACCUAUUGAAUGGUGAUUAUACUCGUUACUUUGCUCAUUAUGUGAAAGUUUUCUAUAUGCUAAUUAACUCUGUCUAUUUUUCGGUGAUUUUUUCAACAAGCAUCUGUAGCGACUGUAUCACUUCUUUUCAAUGAUCACCGUCAUUAUAAAUUUCAACGUAAAUUAAAGAUUCUUUUUUCCCCACGCUGUCACAGAUAAUCGAUUUAUGUUUAGUCAGUAGAAACGUAAAACGAUUUAUUCUCCAUCUCGAUUAUAUUACAAUUUAUGUAUUUGGAUUGAAACUCGACCCAAUAUACGUCCACGAUUUUAAAUCGGCCGAUUAUAGAAACGGCACAUAUGUAUAAUUCUAUAUAAACAUAUACUACACGCAUGCACAUAUGUGAAAAAUAAAUGCUUGUAUAAUAUAAGUAUAUAAGGGAAUAAUAUUAGAUACCAAUAUGUUACGCACAAUAAACUUGAACAGAAGCAUGCAUUACAAUUGA